AUGAAGCUAUCUCCGCACUUGUGCCUCGUGUUGGGUACUGUGGUUGCACUUCCCCUGGAUCCUACACCAUCCAACUGCAGCUGCUUGGCAGAUGCAGUAUCCGUAUUCAGUGCUAAUCCUUUAGCUCCUGCUUUUUGCUCUCAGUUUGUUGGUGUUUCAACAGUGGUGGUGUCAACUACAGUCACAACUCCAGCGGCAACCACUGUCGUUGUCGAGACCGUACCAGCUCCAUUCACCAUCACGGAAACGUUUGUGGACUUUGAGAGCACUGAAUCUACUCAUAUUGUCACCGUCACAUCUCCUACAACAGAAUGCUACUCUGGAACCAGCUUCGGAAACGCAGCUGGUCCAGCAACCGCUGCUGCAACUACCGUAGCAGGCAAACUUGUCAGAAAGGCAUCUUCCAUUACUCCUCUUCCGACAACACUAUCCCUGUCCCUAUGGCCACUUCCCACGCCAACUUGGGUACCUCCACUGAAGGACUCAUUAUUGUCUUCAGCUUGUGAAUGCUUUCUCGGCCCGUCUCUUACUGUCACCGAAACUUCAACCGAUUGGGUGGCAUCUGGUACUGUCACUGCUACUAUCGAUGUAACGACAGUCCCCGUGACUACGGAAGUUAUUACUUUAGUCACAACCCACACUGCAUUUGUGGUCACGACUGAGUCUAUAGCAACAUCGACCAGAACUACUACCACUACCUCAUACACUCCUGUACCAACUAAUACUCAACUCGGCUUGAAUUGGUACUACUACUAUAGCUCACAGAAUUACUUCCCGGGACAUGCGAUUACAUUUGAUCCACAGAACUUCAAUAGUCCGAAGUACAAUUUCAGUGGGUAUGUUGAGAACGUUGCUUCGUUCCAAACCGUGGGAUAUUCAACCUCAAGCGGAAAUCACGAAUGCAAUUUACCAGCUAAUGAGCCUUGUGAAUUCGUCUGCAUUGUGAUUCAAGGAUAUCUUUGGGCAAAGGAAGGACCUGGAAUUUAUACUCUUUCCUCCAGUUCGGACACUGACAAUGUUUUCUACGCGUGGCACGGAACCAAAGCGUACAGCGACUACAAGAAUACCAACUACGAUUACCUCGCAGGCGAUUAUAUCCAUCAAGCUGGUUCUGUGACAGUCAAUAUCGGGGUUGGGGAGCUCGUGCCAUUCACAUUCAUGUGGGCGAAUGGUGGUGGGCCAGGAGAAGCUCUGCUUACUAUUGUUGAUCCUGCUGGUAAACAGCAUGCAGACACUACGGGCUUCUUCGUACCAGCAAACAGCACCUGUCCUGGGUAUAUUGAUCCGUUUUCUCCAUAAUCUUCUCACAAAAUGAGUGUUGAAUGAUAUUCUACC